UUUUAUUUUUGUUGGGUGCGUACGUGCAGGGUACUCACGCGCCCUCUCUGCGAGAUGUUUUCUCUCGUCGGUUGAUGGGCACGAGUGUCCUAGCGAGAGACUCGUCCCGAUCCGCGAUCCCGAUUCUUACUCGUUACACGAUCGGGAUGCGAGCGGCAGUCGGGAUACAGCUAGCAACGAAUGUGGUGUGGUGUCAGUAACAAGGCGGAAAUAAAUUAAGUUUAUUUAUUCUAGUUUAUCUAAUUUACGUUGUGUCGUAAACACUUAUUCGGCCACAUAUCACACGGCAACGUAAAAGUGGCGACGAGGACAAUUUACUUUAACGUGUGUUCAGUUUAACGUGUGCAAGUGUAUCAAACAUAGGACCACCGUGUCGCAAGCGUCGUAGGAUGGAGCAAGCCGACGCAAACCAGAUGGAUAUUUUUGCGGACGUUGACCCACGCCGAUUAUCCCAAAAUCGUGCCAGCGUACCAGGCGUGUCUAUGCCAAAUUUCGCGCAUCGAGAAGGAGCAUCAGUAGUACCGCCGAUGAUAAUCCAGCCGCCAUCGCAGCCUACGUCGACGCCAUCGCAGCCUACGUCGACGCCAUCGCUAAACAAUGCGUCACCAGCCAUCAUUAGCAGCGCGGAUAGUGCAACGAUGCUGCAAAUGAUGAAUUUGCUUCAACAGCAAAUGACACAGCAGCAGCAGCUGCUUAAAGAUUUUCUUCACGCACGCAUGCCGAGCCAAUGCGCCCCACCCACCACCUUGCAGCCUGAACAAAUAAUUGAUACUCUGUCUCACCACAUUUCAGAGUUUCAAUACAACAAGGAGACUGGUAUAACCUUCAAAAGCUGGUUUUCACGCUAUCUCGACCUGUUCCAGAAGGACGCGGCAAGGAUCGACGACGCAGCCAAAGUGCGAUUGCUGCUGCGCAAACUGGGACCAUCCGAGCACGAUCGCUACUUAAGCUUCAUCAUGCCGAGCCGCCCGCCGGAUUUUUCACUCGAGCAGACUGUGGAAAAACUUACAUGUCUGUUCGACACCCAAGAAUCGCUGUUGAGCAAGCGGUUCAAAUGCUUGCAGAUCAUGAAGACGCGGACCGAGGAUCAUCUCAGCUAUGCGUGUCGAAUUAACAAGGCGUGUGUCGAGUUCGAGCUGAAGAAGUUGAACGAGGAAGAGUUCAAGUGUUUGCUGUACGUGUGCGGGUUGAAAGACGAGAUCGACGCAGACAUCAGGACGCGACUGCUAGCCCGCAUUGAGGAUAAGGCCUGCGUGACCUUGCAACAGCUUUCUUCAGAGUGCCAUCGGUUAAUCAACCUGAAAAAGGAUAGCGCAAUGAUCGAGGCACCGGUACCAGAGCGUGUUCUAGCAGUAAACACAAAAAUGCAUCGCGCACCACGUCAGUUCCAACCCAAGCGCGACAAUCCUACUACCCCGUGUUGGUCGUGCGGAGGACUGCAUUGGAGCCGCGAUUGCCCGUACAAGCAACACCGAUGCACAACUUGUUCCCGGACGGGCCACAAAGAAGGCUAUUGCAACACCAUAAGAUCCCGUAAGCCCGGCAAACGCCCCUGGAAGCAGCGUAAAACACAAUUAAGGAUGGUGACAGUGAACGUCCAGAGUGUACAGCAACGGCGCAGAUUCGUGUCACUUACGAUGAAUGGUACACCGGUUCGUAUGCAGUUGGACACGGCUUCCGACAUUACUGUGAUAGAUCACACAACGUGGAAGCUCAUUGGCAGUCCCCAGUUAGCAGCACCAUCCGUAAUCGCUAGAACCGCCUCAGGUGCUAACCUAUCCCUGGAAGGAGAGUUCCCGUGCACUGUCGAAGUGAAUGGACAGGCAAAGCAAACCGUGAUUCGCGUCUCUAAAUCGCGUUUGUUACUUUUAGGUGCUGAUGUUAUCGACGCGUUUGCUCUAUGGUCGGUUCCGAUGGACAGUUUUUGCUGCCACGUUACAGGUACGUCUACCACGCCGAAGCAAUGGCAAGAACGGUUCCCAACAGUCUUUCAAGGAAUAGGCCUAUGUAAAAAGGCAGGGGUUACCUUGACGCUGAAAGACAACUGCCGUCCAGUCUUUCGUCCAAAAAGACCCGUUGCAUACGCUAUGCAAGAGCCUGUAAAUCUAGAGCUUGAUAGGCUAGAAAAGUUGGGUAUAAUAACACCUGUAAAGUUUUCUGAAUGGGCAGCACCGGUAGUAGUGGUUAAGAAGGCAAACGGGAAAAUUCGGCUAUGUGGCGAUUAUUCCACUGGGUUGAACGAAGCGCUAAGACCACAUGAUUACCCGUUACCACUUCCAGAGGACAUAUUUUCAAGGCUGUCCAACUGCACCAUGUUCAGCAAAAUCGACUUAACGGACGCCUUUCUCCAAGUCGAAAUCGAUCCUCAAUACAGACCGCUACUUACCAUAAAUACGCAUAGAGGCUUGUACCACUACAACCGCCUACCGCCCGGCAUCAAAGUUGCUCCUGCUGCCUUCCAGCAACUUAUGGAUACAAUCCUCGCAGGGCUUAAGGGCGUAUCAGGAUAUCUUGACGAUAUCAUCGUAGGAGGAAGUAGCGAACAUGAGCAUGACACAAAUUUGGCAGAAGUAUUACACAGGCUUCAAGAAUAUGGAUUUACGAUACGAGCCGAUAAAUGUGCUUUUAAACAGCAGAAAAUCACGUACAGUAUCGGACAUUAA